UAUUCCGCCCAUGAAGCGCUUUCGGCGCGAUGAGCUUGCCGAUCCAACGAAUCCCGAACCAUCCCUUGUCGUUCAUGUGCGCAAUCUCAACCCAAAGGCAACCGAAGCGGACUUGAUAGAAGCGCUUGGAACGUUUGGGUUAAUCGCAUAUGUGACAGUGAUACCUGCCCAAAAGAUGGCGUUGGUGGAGUUCGAAGAAAUCGAAGCCGCUCGAGCUUGUGUCACAUUUGCGGCGUCCAAUCUCAUAUUCGUUGCUGGAGACGCAGCGUUGUUCAACUACUCCACUUCACAGAAUAUUCAGCGCCUGGGUUUCGAAUCGGAAACCCCCUGUAAAGUGCUUGUAAUCACUGUGUACAAUGCACAAUAUCCAAUAGAUGUUCAUGUCAUCCACCAAAUCUGUGAACCACACGCAAAGGUGCUGAGAAUAGCCAUUGUUCGCAAAUCAAUGAUGCAAGCUCUUGUCGAGUUUGAAAGUGCCGAGAAUGCCAAAAAAGUAAAGCAUGCGAUCAAUGGUGCAGAUAUCUACUCAGGAUGUUGCACGUUGAAAGUGGAAUUCGCAAAGCCAGAUUACGUGAAGGUGACGCGUCAAGAUGCUGACCAAUGGGAUUUCACACUCGGCGAUGCAGUCAAAGAACCGUGCAAUGGUCCGGCAGGGUUCGCCUAUGCAAAGCCUGGAGGAUAUCCAGGUAGAGGUGUAGAAGAAAGCAAUGGUUAUGGCGACGAUCGCUACGGUUUUCGUGGGACAACGAAUGUUCGAGGCUACGACUCAUACGGUGGGCCACCACGAGGAUAUCCACCACGUGGUGCGUUACGUCCUCUUCCUGCUGCUUAUCAAGGAGGUUACGGUGACAUUGACCCCUCGGCGCAUUCUCCUCCUGUUGGUGGAAAUGGAUGUGUACUGAUGAUUUACGGCGUCGACCAUGAAAAGAUUAAUUGUGAAAAACUAUUCAAUCUACUGUGCCAAUACGGAAAUGUCCUCAGAAUUCGCUUCAUGGCUACAAAGAAAGAUACGGCAAUGGUUGAACUUGGAACUCCAACAGCGGUUGCUAACGCUAUCAAGUACUUGCAAGGAAUAACGUUGUUUGGAAUGACGCUACAGCUAAAACCAAGCAUUCAGCCUGCCGUGAGAGACGUUAUCCGUAAGUUAAGAUCGUUUAGCGACCCGUUCGACCUUCCUGAUGGAUCUCCUUCAUACCGUGAUUAUUCGAUGUCUGCCCUGCAGCGCUUUUCUACUCCAGAUGCAGCCGCACGAAACCGAUUGAUAUAUCCAUCUAAAAUGCUGCACUGGUACAACGCUCCUGCCGAUAUGGAUGAAGAGAAGAUUAGACAGGCACUCAUUUCUACUAUCUUAUCUUUCAAAUUUUCGUUCACAAAUGCACUGGUUUUUGCUGAGCGCGGUGCUCCAGAGCUGAAAUCGGUUACUCUUUUUGUUGGACGCAGUGAAAGAUCGUCAUCAGGAAUCGUUGAAUUGGAAAGUAUUGAAAAGGCGAAUGAGGCUCUUGCUCUUGUGAAUCACACUCCUGUCAUGAGCCCACUCGGCAAGACUCCAUACAUAGUGAAGCUGGCUUAUGCUACCCCAUCCCGACGGCAGGGUGGCGAUGCCGAAGAACAUGCUGAAGGUGGUGCCAACGGAACACCACGAGGAGGUUCUCGUGGUGGGCUCCGGGGGAGUAGACGGUUUGUUAGAACAUUAAUGCAUUUUAUUAAAUCGAGGUGUCGGUUUGUUGUGAUUUCAUGCUUUGAUAAAAGAUUUUUGGUUCGGCUUUCACAUGUGGAAGUGACGAUAUCACAAGCAGCCACAACAGCAAUCACAUGUGACAAUCACACUAAAGCAUUACAUUACAACAAACAUGCAAACCAUUAUAUUAAUCAGAUAUUACAGCACACUGACACAUUUCUGUUGAAUGUGUAUGUGAUUUGA